CCCUCAGAGGAUCGCACUGCCUCUGUCCGGUCUCGGUCUCUGUCUCUGUCUCUCUUAGUCUUCUCACCCAAUCAAUCCUCAGUAUCACCCAAUCCUUCCUCAGAUCUCAACACCUGGGCGCCUUCCAACCAUCCGAUGAAAUCUGUCUGGGCAACCUACGGUUCGGUAAUGGGCGGCCUUCCUUGAAGAAACAAAGUGUGAAGUACAGGCGUCGCUGCGUGCGUGGUGUUCCCUCCUCCCUGGGCGUCAUCCCAUCCCAAUCUUAAUCCGGACAUAAAAACCAUAAAUCCAUUUAUGGAGCUCCACAUCAAGGUUGCCCAGGCCGUCCACGUCCUCAAUCACGAUUCUCAAUCUUGCAACCGCAUCGCUGCCAAUCAGUGGCUCGUCCAGUUCCAGCAGACCGAUGCUGCUUGGGACAUCGCCACUUCCCUUCUCACCUCCAACCAUCAUCCCCUUUUCCAUUCCGAUUACGAGGUCGAGUUUUUUGCCGCCCAGAUUCUCAGGCGAAAGAUCCAAAACGAAGGACAUGCCCUUCAUCUGGGAGCAAAGGAUGCUCUCCUACAAGCCCUUCUCGUAGCCGCCAAAAGAUUUAGCACAGGUCCUCCUCAGCUGUUAACCCAAAUCUGUCUUGCACUCUCUACGCUUGUACUUCAUGCUGUAGAGCAUGGACGACCUAUCGAGAAGCUCUUCUACAGUUUGCAGAAUUUACGUAACCAAGAUAAUGGAAAUACAGUAGUUCUAGAGGUGCUGACGGUGUUACCAGAAAUUAUUGAGGACCAAAGUAGUGAUCAUGGUGUAGAUUCUGCACAGCGCCUUGAGUAUGAGCAAGAGCUUCUUGGACAUACUCCUAUGGUAUUUGAGUUUCUAAUGCAGCAAUUUGAGUUCUUUGGAAGUAGUGUACAAACCCAUGAGAAGAGCAGAAAAAUAUUGCGUUGCUUGCUAAGUUGGGUUCGAGCUGGGUGCUUAUUGGAGGUUCCUCCAGGAUCAUUGUCUGCUCAUCCUCUUUUUGACUUUAUUUUUAGUUCUUUGCAGGUUGCAUCUACUUUUGAUCUGGCUGUGGAAGUUCUUGUUGAGCUUGUAGGUCGACAAGAGGGACUGCCUCAGGUUUUACUAUCCCGAAUUGGGUUUCUGAAAGAAGCACUUCUUUUCCCAGCUCUUAAAAGCAGAGACGAGGCAGUGGUAGAGGGACUUGCAUGGUUGAUGUCAGAAAUUGGCCAAGCAGCACCUUUUCUCAUUGUGGAUGCAAACAUUGAAGCUCUAGCACUGGCAGAUGCUCUCUUGAGUUGUGUGGCAUUUCCAAGUGAAGAUUGGAAGAUUGCUGACUCGACCUUGCAUUUUUGGUCUAGCAUUGCUGGGUACAUUCAUGGGCUUCAAGCUGACAGUAUUGAUGAUAGGAAGAAUUUGGAAAAAUAUUUUAUUCCUAUUUUCUCAGCAUUGGUUGAGGCUCUUAUAUUACGAGUUCAGGUUGAUGAUUCCACGUAUAAUGACAAUUCAGGAAACCUUGAGGUGCCUGCUGGCCUUGAUCAGUUUAGAAUGAACUUAGUGGAACUUCUGGUUGAAAUUUGCCAGCUUCUAGGAGCGGCAUUGUUUAUCCAAAAGAUCUUUAUUGGAAGUUGGAUCCCGUCCAGCAUGGAUAUUUCUUGGAGAGAGAUUGAAGCAAAGUUAUUCAUCAUAAAUGCGGUUGCUGAGGUUGUUGUCAAGGAGGGACAUCCUUUUGAUAUUUCCAUUGUUAUGCAGUUGGUGGUGAUUUUGUCCAGCAAGGCCUCUGCCGACAAAAGGGGAUUUAUGUGCCUUGUAUAUAAAUCCCUUUCAGAAGUUGUUGGCUCAUAUGCUAAGUGGAUGUCAGCUUCUCCAAUCAACACAAGACAGUUGAUAUUAUUUUUGGGUUCUGGGAUUUCUCAACCAUUUUGUUCGAGUGCUUGUGCUCUAGCAUUUCGCAAAUUCUGUGAAGAAGCUGCUGCCAUGGUGAAUGAGCCUUCCACUUUGGAAAUCUUAAUUUGGAUUGCCGAGGGGUUGGAAAAGAGGAAACUGGCCUUAGAAGAUGAGGAUGAAGUAGUUGGUGCCAUCACUCUGGUGUUUUGCUGCAUACCUGAAACAAAGUUGAUGAAGGACCUUUUUGUCAGAUUGCUUUGUCCUUCUUAUAAAGCCAUUCAAGAACUGGUUGAAGAAGACCUGAGGCAUACUUUGAGGCAAAGCCCAUCUACACAUAGUGAAUCAAUUGAUGCUGCAAGAAGAGGGCUACAUAGGAUUGGAACUGUACUUAAUUGUCUUGCAACACAUUGUUCUACUGUAAUGGGACCAGAGGAAUCUAUAGUUUCUUUGCUUGAAGUGUUGUGGCCAAUGCUUGAGCAGCUCCUUCUGUCCAGUCACAUUGCAAAUUCGAGCUUGUCUGUAGCUGCUUGCAGGACUCUUACACUUGCAGUCCAGGCAUCAGGUCAGAACUUCCAAGAACGAUUGCCAAAGGUUUUGGAAUCUAUUACAAGCAAUUUCAUGUCAUUCCAAAGUCAUGAAUGCUACAUAAGAGCAGCUUCUGUGAUUGUUGAAGAAUUUGGUAGCAUGGGAAAAUUUGGACCUCUAUUCAUUAGUGCAUUCGAAAGAUUUACUCACUCAACAUCAGUAAUGGCUCUUACUUCGUCUUAUGUAUGUGAUCAAGAGCCUGACUUGGUCGAGGCGUACACAAAUUUCACAUAUGCUUAUGUGUGCAGUUGUCCAAAGGAGGUAUUAGCUGCCUCUGGUCCCCUUCUUGAAGUAUCAUUGCAGAAAGCUGGAAUAUGUUGUACAGCAUUACAUCGCGGUGCAGCUUUAUCAGCAAUGUCCUAUAUGAUCUGCUUUUUGGAGAUUGGCCUUUCACUUCUAUUGGAACCUGAGGCUUCUACCUCUGAAUCUGUCCAGGAUGUGGUGAUAAGGGUCAUCUCUCAUUGUGGUGAGGGCAUUAUUUCCAAUCUAGUGUACGCACUUCUUGGUGUCUCGGCAAUGUCAAGGGUUCAAAAGUCUGCUACUAUCCUCCAACAGUUGGCCGCAAUAUGCAGUUUAAGUGAAAGAACAAAUUGGAAAGUUUUCAUCUCCUGGGAAAUUUUACAGAGAUGGCUUUACUCUGCUUUGUGGAUGCUGCCUGCGGAAUAUCUAAAAGAUGGUGAAGUUGAAUCUCUAGUGCCCAUAUGGGUGAAGGCUCUGGUUGAUGCAGCAUCAGAUUAUCUUAGGAGCAGGCAGCAAUGUGGAGAAGGCGAGGAUCAUGGGCAUGGGCGUGGUUAUAUGCAAGGGAAAGGAGGACGCUUCCUCAAGCGCUUACUUAGGGAAUUUGCUGAUAACCAUAGGAAUAUCUCACAGUUAACUUGAUUUGGUAUAUUUUCCUAUUUAAAACAAAACACUAAUCUAAUGCAGCAAUUAGCAAGCAGGCAGGCAUCUUGGCAAGCUCGCUCUGUGCAUAGUCAGUCUAGUAGCAUAAUAAAUAAAUAUGACAACACACUGCUGUUGAAUGAAAGUUGUUUAUUACCACUAGCACCCCCCCGACCCCACCCCACCCCACCCAACGUUCCCUCCCAAGCAAGUGGAAGGUAAUCUCAAUUUUGUCAAUAGAGGAGGAUUCAAAUCAAAAGGGAGGGAGGGAGGGAUUUAUACAUUUAUUCAAUUAAGUUGAUGAAGGUGUGUGUUUGUUGGAGGAUUGGAAUUUUGUAGCUGAUUUAUCCGCCUGCAUGAGUACUAACUACUUAAUGCUUAGCUUCGAAUGACAAACCCCUUUUACAAGUGGACGAUGAUGAUGAUGAUGAUGAUGAUGAUGAUGAUGAUGCAACUACAUACAUGUUUGUAUCCGUUACUAAUAAAGAGAUUUGUUAUUUA